UAGCGUUUGUCUGUUUGAGCUUUGACAGGACUACAGGAGCGUUGUUGUGUAUGUCGAGAAGAAGGAAGACAGAAUGAAUGAAUGAGCGAACGAAGAAAUGAUUAUGUAUAAUUGUCAUAUAGCUAUUUGAUAGGGCUAAAGAUAGUGUACAUACGCUAUUGUCCUGGGAGAUGGACACUAUCAUAGCGUACGCAAACAACUUUAAUUAAGGAUGUAAAAGUUAUUGUGUGGCAGCCAGUCCAAGCUCGCAUAUAUAUCACGAAAAAUCAUUAAAAUACCUUUCUGUUUACUAGACAGCCAUUGAUAUGAUUUUACUGAAGCGGGAAGGACAUGGCUGUAGCGCAACCUGUGAAUAUUGACCAUUCUUAUCCGGAAGCAGCUGAAGCCCUCACUCUUGACUUUGGCCCUUUCGAGACCGUGCACAGAUGGGUUCGUAUGCCCGAAUGUGACGAGUUUGUAGGAGCAAGGCGAAGUAAACACACAGUUGUGGCAUAUUCAGAUGCAAUUUAUGUAUUUGGAGGAGACAACGGAAAGAGUAUGCUUAAUGAUUUGCUCAGGUUCGAUGUAAAAGAAAAGUCUUGGGGACGUGCCUUCUCUACUGGAACACCACCAGCUCCUAGAUACCAUCAUUCAGCUGUAGUACACGAGUCAUCCAUGUUUGUUUUUGGAGGUUAUACCGGUGACAUCCAUUCAAACUCAAAUCUUACAAAUAAGAAUGAUUUAUUUGAGUACAGGUUUGGCAGUGGACAGUGGAUAGAAUGGAAGUUCUUUGGCAAGACACCUGUACCACGGUCAGCCCAUGGGGCCGCUGUUUAUGAUGGAAAGUUAUGGAUCUUUGCUGGUUAUGAUGGAAAUGCGAGACUAAAUGACAUGUGGACUAUAUCGCUUGUGGGAGACACAAAGCUUUGGGAAGAAGUAGCACAAAUUGGAGACUGUCCACCUACUUGCUGCAAUUUUCCUGUGGCAGUCGCUCGUGAGUCCAUGUUUGUAUUCAGUGGCCAGAGUGGGGCAAAAAUCACUAACAGCCUUUUCCAGUUUCAUUUCAAAGAAAAAUGCUGGACUCGUAUAUCAACAGAGCACAUACUACGUGGUGCACCUCCACCGCCUGCCCGUCGGUAUGGCCACACCAUGGUUGCGUAUGACAGACACCUGUAUGUCUUUGGUGGAGCUGCUGACAGCACUUUACCAAAUGAUUUGCAUUGUUAUGAUCUGGAUACUCAGACAUGGUCUGUUGUAAUGCCAGCUUCAGAUUCACAGGUUCCUUCGGGACGAUUAUUCCACGCUGCUGCUGUUAUUGGUGAUGCGAUGUAUAUUUUUGGAGGAACUGUUGACAAUAAUGUACGCAGUGGUGAGAUGUAUAGGUUUCAGUUCUCAUGUUACCCGAAGUGUACACUUCAUGAAGACUUUGGUAAGCUGCUAGAAAGUCGACAGUUUUGUGAUGUUGAGUUUGUUGUUGGGACAGAAGAAGUGAAGAUUCCUGCUCACCUUGCAAUGGUAGCUGCACGUUCCCAGUGGCUGAGGGCCCGUAUCAGACAGGCUCGUGAAGCCCGUGACAAACACCUUGAAAAGGUUUUUGGCACAACACAAGUAUCAUUUAAAGACUUACCACUUCUGGAAGUGAGACUGCGUGAUGCAGUUCCUGAAGCAUUCGAAAUGGUCUUAAAUUACAUAUACACAGAUAGAAUUGAUCCAACCAAGAAAAUUGAGGAUCCAGUUUGCAACAGAGUUGUUUUGUUGAUGAUGGAUGUGUACAGACUUGCAGUGCAGGUGGUCUGUAUACUGGUACCUGAACAGUUUCAUAUGCGUAGACUUGAGCAGCUCUGUGUGCAGUACCUGGAAGCGACUAUCAAUCAUCGGAAUGUUCUUGAAGCUCUUCAUAAUGCAUCUGCUCUGAAGCUAUACUUCAUAAAAGAAUUCUGCCUCAAAUUUGUAGUGAAGGAGAGCAACUACAAUCAGAUUGUGAUGAGCAAAGAAUUUGAGAAUUUAGACAAAUCUCUCAUGGUUGAAAUCAUACGCCGAAGACAAAUGCCACAAUCGAGACCACAGCUUGACCAGCCUUUUGAUAAUUCAGGUACUACACUAGAACAGGAUAUGGAAAUGUUUCUGAAAACAGGUGGCAGAGAGUUCUGCGACAUCAUUCUCAUGUUAGAUGGAUUACCCAUACCUGUUCACAAAGCUGUGCUUGCUGCUCGCUGCAGUUACUUUGAAGCUAUGUUCCGUUCAUUUAUGCCUGAAGACAAUGUUGUACAGAUUCAAAUUGGUGAUAUCAUCCCAUCGCGGCAAUCAUUUGAUUCACUCCUACGAUACAUAUACUAUGCUGAUGUUAAUAUGCCACCAGAGGACUCCUUGUAUUUAUUCAGUGCACCUUACUUUUAUGGGUUCACCAACAAUCGACUUCAGGCAUUUUGCAAGCAGAACUUGGAAAUGAAUAUCACGUUUGAAAAUGUUAUUCAAAUUCUUGAAGCUGCUGAUAGAAUGCAGGCUACAGACAUGAAGAAAUAUGCCCUCAGCCUUAUUGUGCAUCACUUUGCAAAGGUUGCAAGAUUGCCGAAGAUGCGGUCUCUUGGUCGGGAAUUGCUUCUUGAUAUUCUGGAAGCCCUUGCUGAUGACAUGAGUGAUUCUAAGCUUUGCCAGGAUAUGACAAGUGUUAGUCUCAACAGUGACACUUGACUGUAUGAUUAAUUAUUUCUUUCUGUGAAAUAAAGUUUGAAGAAACUGUCA